UAAAAGCCCUCCUUCCCUGCCUCUCUCUCUCUCGCAUAGCUCUGCCUGGUUCUGAUGGCUUCUACAGCUGCCGCGUCCACAGACCACCACCUGGACACCAACGGCUCAUCAAACCCACCGGCCAACGCACCUCACUCCACCGCCACCACUACCUCCUCCUCCGCCGCCGCCGCCGAUACGAUGGAGGUUGAGGCGGCGGCAACUGAUAACAACCCUCCUCCACCACCCGACUUAGCUCCGGCGACGACGGUGUCGGCAGAGAAGAAGUGGCCGGGAUGGCCUGGGAGCUGCGUGUUUCGCCUCAUCGUGCCUGUCCUCAAAGUCGGCAGCAUUAUCGGCAGAAAGGGUGACCUCAUCAAGAAAAUGUGUGAGGAGACUAGGGCUCGCAUUCGUGUCCUCGAUGGUCCAGUUGGUAGUCCUGAUCGCAUUGUUCUAAUAUCUGGAAAGGAAGAACUGGAGUCACCAUUAUCCCCUGCAAUGGAUGCUGUAAUAAGAGUAUUCAAACGUGUCAAUGGACUACCUGAGAGUGAGGGUGAUGUUAAAGUGCCUGGAGCUGCAUUUUGUUCAAUCCGGUUUUUGGUGGCAUCCACGCAAGCCAUUAAUCUAAUUGGAAAGCAAGGCUCUUCAAUCAAGUCAAUACAGGAAAGCACCGGUGCCUCCAUUCGGGUUCUCUCAAGUGAUGAGGUGCCACAUUAUGCCAACUCAGAGGAGAGGAUUGUUGAGAUGCAGGGAGAAUCUCUCAAGGUUCUUAAGGCUGUGGAAGCUGUGGUGGGCCACUUAAGGAAGUUCUUGGUGGACCAAAGCGUUCUUCCCCUAUUUGAAAAGAGUUACAAUACACCAGCCUCACAGGAACGCCAAGUAGAAACCUGGGCUGAGAAGUCAUUGCUGCAUAGUACUUCUCAAACUGGGAUGGGUGCUGAUUAUCCUCUUGCAGCGAAGAGAGACCCUCUAUUUCACGACCGUGAAACCCAGUUUGAAUCAAAUAUCCAUUCUUCUGGAAUUUCACUGUAUGGCCAAGAUCCUGGACUUUCAGGAAUGCGUUCUUCAGGACUUGGUCGUGCUGGUGGUCCUUUUGUAACCCAGAUUGCACAAACAAUGCAAAUACCACUUUCUUAUGCGGAGGACAUCAUUGGGAUUGGAGGGGCAAAUAUUGCAUACAUUCGACGUACUAGUGGCGCCAUCCUCUCCGUGCAAGAGAGUAGAGGCCUACCAGAUGAGAUCACAGUGGAAAUCAAGGGGACUUCGUCACAGGUUCAGACCGCGCAGCAACUUAUUCAGGAAUUCAUAAGCAGUCACAAAGAACCAGCGAGUAGCAGUUAUGGCAAGAUAGACACCGGUUUGAGGUCUUCAUACUCUCAGCUGGGCAAUACUACUGCGUACCCGUCAUCUUCCUUGUCGACACAACCCUAUGGUGGGUAUGGAUCGUCUGGUUUAGGAGGGUAUAGUAGUUUCAGGCUCUGAAUCUGAAUGCGUAGGAGGAUAGAAUUGGAGAUAAGUUAUGUAUUCUAUUCUAUUCUAGUCGGAGUUGAGUUUCCUUUUCCCACCAUUUAACCUGAAAUUGCUGUUAGAAUGAGUGUAGUCUGUGUAAUAGCUUAUCCUUCUGAUUUUUUUUUUUUUUUGAACUGAAUAUAUAUCAGUAAAGUUGUUGAACUGAUAGUAUGAUGUUAGUAAGUGGCUAAGCAUUGAAGAA